AACCGAACGUAAUUUCGGUUGAUUCAUCUUUUUAUUUUCUUUCAUUUUGUUUGUUUGUUUUAUCUUCGUAUUAUCUUAUUAUCUUCUUCUAUUCUACGUGAAGAAGAAGAAGAAGAAGAAGAUUAGAUUUAAUAUUUUUGAAGUUGAAGUUUCCAAGAGGGUAUCAUCCUGUUGUUGGAUUGGACAACGUCCCUUAUAUCGGCGCCCUUGCAAACGCCGCCCUUGCAACGCCGUUAAUCAUGCACCAUCGAUUUAUUCGGUCGUUGGUGCUUUUACUAUGCUUAACAUUGCUACAAGUCAACGACACUUUUGCCAACUACCAUCAUAUAAAAUUAAGGCACGGAAGGCAUCGUAGGCAACACGGGGAAAGCUAUCUACCAAGUAGUUUCGUUCUUGAAACGGAUGAACCAGAAUGGGGAAAUUGGGGACCAUGGUCGAUGCCCAGUUCCUGUUCACGAUCCUGCGGAGGUGGUGUUGCUCAUCAGAUCCGACAGUGUCUAGACGUUGACGAUAACGGUUAUCAAAGAUGCAGAGGUUCCAGCAGGAGAUUUUUUUCUUGCAACGUUCAGGCAUGUCCAGGUGAACCCAAAGAUUUUCGAGCCGAACAAUGCGCGGAAUUCAACCAAGUUCCUUUCGAAGGAGCAAUUUACGAUUGGAUCCCGUAUACGGGAAGUCCUCACAAAUGCGAAUUAAAUUGUAUGCCACGUGGUGAAAGAUUUUUUUAUCGAUACAAAGUGGCCGUGAUCGAUGGUACACCAUGCGAGAUCGAGAAAAACGACGUUUGCGUCGAAGGCAAAUGCAUGCCGGUCGGAUGCGAUAUGAUGUUAGGCAGUAAUGCAAAAGAAGACGCUUGCAGAGAAUGCGGAGGUAACGGAACGGAUUGUAACACGAUUCAAGGAUUAUUUGACACCGACGAUUUACAAGUUGGUUAUAUCGAUAUUUUAUUAAUUCCGGAAGGUGCAACAAAUAUCGUAAUAAGAGAAUUGGAACCUUCUAAUAAUUAUAUAGCCAUAAGAAAUACAUCCGGUCAUUAUUAUUUGAACGGCAAUUGGAGGAUCGAUUUUCCACGUAGUCUGAGAUUCAUCGGCACGAUAUUUCAUUAUUCGAGAGAACCACAGGGUUUUUCAGCACCGGACAUUAUCACCGCACAAGGUCCAACCACAGAGCCGAUUUACGUUGUCUUGCUCUACCAAGAUCAUAACGUUGGUGUCCAUUAUGAAUACAGUAUACCCAAGAAACUUUCAACGCAUGCUGAUGCUGAUAGUUACACGUGGAUUAAUGAAGAAUUUUCAAGUUGCAGCACCACUUGUGGAGGAGGCUACCAGUCAAGACGAGUAGCGUGUGUUAGAAGACGAGACAGCCAGCCAGUAGAUGACAGUUUGUGCAAUCCACAGCUCGAACCAGCGGAUACGCAAACCUGUAACGAGGAGCCCUGUCCUGCAGAAUGGGUGGAGGGUGAAUGGGGAGAAUGUAGUAAACAUUGCGGCGAUAGUGGUGUACAGAGUAGAGAGAUCAAAUGCGAACAGGUUGUAGCUGGUGGAAUACGUUCGAUUAUCGAUGAUUCUCAAUGUAUAGAAAAUAUUGGACCUAAGGGACCAACCACACAGGAAUGCAACAGAAACGUCGACUGUCCACAGUGGCAUCUUGGACCAUGGAAACCGUGCGACCAUCUAUGUGGGAAAGGUAAACAGACUAGAAAGAUAACAUGUUAUAUCAAAAGGAACGGAAAAAUCGAUGUAUUGGAUGACAACGCUUGCGAGGGUGAAAUCCCCGAACGAGAGAAAACUUGUGAGUUGAGACCCUGCGAGGGACUCGACUGGGUUGUUUCCGAUUGGAGUGGGUGCAACGAAAAAUGUGGUCUAACUAAUGAAACGAGAACUGCUCAUUGUGCUACUCAAGAUGGCAAAGUGCAUCCUGACGACAAAUGUGAUGCCAAUAAGAAACCAGAAUUGAUUCGAGAAUGUGAAGAUGCUGAAGAUUGCGAAUACCAAUGGUACACUUCACAAUGGAGCGAGUGUUCGGCAAAAUGUGGCACCGGGUUGCAAACUCGAAAAGUAUUUUGCGCCACUCCUGUCAAAGAUACUUUGAAAAAAGUACCAGAUUCUAAAUGCGAUUCUGAGAACAAAUACGAGAGCACGCAAAAUUGUACAGCUAAACAAGAAAAGUGCGAAGGCGAAUGGUUUGUCGGUCCAUGGGGCGAGUGUUCAAAACCAUGCGGAGGUGGUGAAAUGUCACGUAAAGUAGUUUGCAUCAUGGACAAUCAAGUAACUUUGCCCAACAAUUGUAACAUGGAUACGAUCAAGUUUAUGAUAGAAACUUGUAAUAAACAUCCUUGCAGUGAAGACGAAGUUAUACCAGUUGAGCCGGAAAAAAGUAAAGCCCUGAUGGAACAGGAUGACGAGGAAUGCGAAGAAUACGAGGACGAAGACUUCAUUACGAUCAGCUCUGAUUUAGGAGUGAGAGACACCAAGUCUGAAAUCAAAGUAAGCGAAGGUUCAACGAGUGUCAAGUUCACGUCAUAUACAAGCGGAGAUACCGUCAGUGGUGACAUGGAUGAAAUGAUGUUCAGUGAUGCUGGAUGGAAUAGAGGUGACAUCUCACCGGGAGACUUUGGCAGCGGUUACACGAGCAGUGGUUUUGGCAGUGGGGAUGACGACUUUUUAAGUACACUGUUUACCAGCAAUCCCACUUCUGAAGAUUGGUCAACGAUGGAGGGAAGUGGUACUUCUCCUGAUACCGAAUCAGUGAUGACUGAAACUAGCGAGACUGGAGCCACCACUGAAUUUGACUUAACUAAAAGCACAGAAUCAGAAAGCUCUACAGAAUCUGGGGCUACGCAAGUAUCGGAGUCUACUACUACCGAGUUACCAAUCACUGAAGUAUCGGAGAAGGAAGCUUCCGAAAUAACGGAAACUUCAUCGGAUUUAGCAAUGACUACUGAAUCUGGUACUACUAUUGAAUCAGUUACGUCGUCCGAUUUAACAACUGAAUUCAGUGAAUCUACUAUAUCGUCAGAAAGUACUAAAGAAGAAUCGGCAUCAACUGAUAGUACCGUUUCUUCCGAAGUAACUACGACAGAUCUUUCAACAGACAAAUCAACAGAUUUCACUGAAUCUACUGAUCAUCUCACUUCGAGUAUCGAUACGAUUACGUCAAUGGAUGUUACAACGUCAUUGUCAACAGAUCUUACGGAAUCUAGCGAAUCUAGUGCUACAGAUAGUACAGGGUCUACCAUGACUGAAUUUACAGACUCUACUGUAACAGAAAUGACAGAAAGUACAGGUUCUACCGAAUCUAGUGAAUCUACUGAAUCUACGGUAACUGAUACAACAAGUUCAACAGAAUCGACAGAAUCUACGACAGAUUUGUCAGAAUCUACGACAGAUUUGUCAGAAUCAACGACAGAUUUGUCAGAAUCUACGACGGAAUCUAGCGUGUCAGAAUCUGCUCUUACUGAAGAAACAUCGACAGAAGUCAGCAAAGAAAGUAGUUCAAUUUCUGAACUCACUUCUGAAUUACCUGGCUCUACAACCGAAACAUUGAUUACUGAAUCGAUAGUAACCGAAGUGGAUACUAAAAUGACACAGAAAUACGACAGCAGUACGGAAAGCACAGAAAGUGCGACAACCGUAUCUGGUACAAGUGAAGCUUCAAUGUCAACUGAAACUGGUAUUACAACCGAAUCUGAAUCUUCAGAGUCGACCACAUUCCAAGGAACGAGCGAAUCUGGUUUUACUACAGAAACCGAACAGAGUACUGUAGAAAGUGCAGAAACAACGGAAUCAGGUGCUUCCACUGAAUCAGGUGCUACAACGGAAUCAGGUGCUACAACUGAAUCAGGUGCUUCCACUGAAUCAGGUGCUACAACUGAAUCAGAUGCUACAACUGAAUCAGGUGCUACAACUGAAUCAGGUGCUACAACUGAAUCAGNUGCUACAACUGAAUCAGGUGCUACAACUGAAUCAGAUGCUACAACUGAAUCAGGUGCUACAACUGAGUCAGGAAUGUCGACAGUUUCUUCAGAAACGACGGAAUCCGCAAUGACUAGCAUAUCAGAAUUAACAACUGAAUCUGAAGGAACUAGUGAAAUUGCAUCAACCAGUGAAACUGCAAUCUCUGGUUUAACCACAUCAUCUGAAUUAGAGUCAACAGAGUCAACAGAGUCAACAGAGUCAACUGAGAAAACGCACAUUUCCGAGUUUUGGACGACAGUCGGUUCCGUGGAGACUACGCGUAAAUUAAGAAAAUGCAAAGUUUACAAAAAGAAGACAUGUAAGGCUUCUAAAUUUGGCUGUUGCUUUGAUGGAAUCACAGCAGCUAAAGGUCCAUUCGACAGUGGUUGUCCAACACCUAAAACUUGCAACGAAACCAAAUUUGGUUGUUGUCCCGAUGAUGUUUCUGCAGCUAGUGGACCGAAUAACGAAGGUUGUCCUGACACUCAUUGCAACGAGUCACUCUUUGGAUGUUGUCCUGAUGGAAUUAACGCUGCCGAGGGUAACGAUUACGAGGGAUGCAAGAAACCAUGCAACGAGACAGAAUUUGGAUGUUGUCCUGACAACGAGACACCAGCAGUUGGUAAAAAUAAUUUGGGUUGUUGCAACGUAACUACUUAUGGUUGUUGUGCUGACGGAAUUAAAGCAGCUACCGGACCGGAUCUAGAAGGAUGCGAGGAAGUAGAAGAAGAAGUCACUUCAGAAAUGACAACAGUCACGAAAGAAUACGAAGAGACUACAACUAUAACGGUUGAAGAAGACUGUGCCAAUAUGACUUAUGGCUGUUGUCCUGAUGGCGUCAGACCUGCCUCGGGAAUAAACUUCGAAGGUUGUGGUGUCAUCAAUGAAGAUAAUUGCACAGCUUCUUACUUCGGUUGUUGUCCCGAUCAAGUUUCACCAGCACUCGGUUCAAACAAUUAUGGCUGUCGCAUGCCGUGCGAGAAUUCGACUUAUGGUUGUUGUCAAGACGGUGCAACCCCAGCACAUGGACCAAAUGGAGAAGGCUGUUGUUUGACAACACCUUACGGAUGUUGUCCAGACAACAUAUUACCAGCACGAGGACCAGACCUUUACGGAUGUGGCUGCCAAUAUUCAAGAUUUAGAUGUUGUCCUGAUAACUCAACGGCAGCACGUGGACCUAACAACGAAGGUUGUGGUUGUAAGUACACCCCUCAUGGAUGUUGUCCUAAUCGAUUCACCCCAGCAACUGGGCCAAAUUACGAAGGAUGUCCAUGUUACACAUAUCAAUUUGGAUGUUGUCCUGAUGGUAUUACCAUUGCUAAGGGACCACAUGGUCAAGGUUGUGGAUGCGCAAACACAGAAUUCAAAUGUUGUUCCGAUGGUAGAACACCAGCAAAGGGACCUAAUUUCGCUGGUUGUGCUUGCGAUUCUUCCAAAUAUGGUUGUUGUCCAGAUGGUAUUGAAGAAGCUCAAGGAGAAAACUUCGAAGGUUGUCUCACUGUACCUUCGACACCUGGUGCUGCUUGCUCUUUGGGAAGAGACAGGGGACCUUGCCGAGAUUUUACAGUUAAAUGGUUCUUCGAUACCGAAUAUGGUGGUUGUUCCAGAUUUUGGUAUGGUGGGUGCGAGGGUAAUGACAAUCGUUUCAAAACUCAAGAGGAAUGUAAAGCAGUGUGCGUGGAACCCAAAGGACGAGAUGCUUGCUUCCUACCGAAAAUCAAUGGACCAUGCGAAAGUUAUUACCCAACGUGGUAUUACGAUCCUGGUAGAAAACAAUGUGGUCAAUUUAUUUAUGGUGGUUGUCUUGGUAACGCGAAUAAAUUCAAAACGAAGGAAGAAUGUGAAGAACUUUGUGUCAUUCCCGAUGAUAUUGAUCCCUGUGAUCAGACAAAGGAACCAGGUCCCUGUGCUGGUAAUUUCACUAGAUGGUAUUACAACAAGUCUGCUCAAACUUGUGAACAAUUUAAUUACGGUGGUUGCAAGGGAAAUAACAACAACUUCCCAACGGAGCUCGCGUGUCACCAACAAUGUUUGCAACCUGGUCGAAGUCGCGAUUCUUGCACUCUCCCACGGGAUGAGGGUAAUUGCACGGAAAAGCAGUCCAAAUGGUAUUUCGAUCAAUCGGAAAAUCGAUGCAUGCCAUUUUAUUACACGGGAUGUGGUGGAAAUAAAAAUAAUUUUCCUACUAUUGACGCAUGUACCGCCGAUUGUCCACCGAAAAUCGAACAGGAUAUCUGUCUUCUACCUGCACUUUUGGGUGAAUGCCAUAAUUAUACUCAAAGAUGGUACUUCGAUUCUUACGAACAACAAUGUAGACAAUUUUAUUAUGGUGGUUGUGGUGGAAAUCAAAAUAAUUUUGUAUCUCAAUACGAUUGUAAAAAUCGUUGUGAAAUUGCUGUCACUGCUGAACCACCUAAACCGGUCGAAUUUAAAACAGAAUAUUGUUACUUGCCAAACUUCCAUGGCCCUUGUAACGAAGAUCAAAUGAAAUGGUUCUACGACAGCAGGGAUGGUAUUUGUAAAACGUUUGCUUAUGGUGGUUGUCAAAGCAAUGGAAAUAACUUUAACACUCAUGAAGAAUGCGAGUAUCGUUGCGGACAAGUUCAAGACCCAUGCACGUUACCAAAAGUGGUUGGUACCUGUGACGGUUUCGUCAAACAAUAUUAUUACGAUCAUCAAAGUGACAUUUGUGAGGAAUUUGAAUACAGUGGUUGUCUCGGCAACAAGAAUCGUUUCCAGGAUCGAGAAUCCUGUGAGAGACAAUGUAGAAGACGACGACCAGAAAUAGUUGCAGAAAUUCAAACAACUACCAUGACAACUACUAUUCAAACGGAGAUCGUGUCGAGCAGUCCAAUUUGCUUAGCACCUGUGGAUGCUGGACCAUGUAACAAUGACAUUACUGCUUAUUAUUAUGAUUCUCAAACUAGCAUGUGUCAAGCAUUUAUAUAUGGUGGAUGUGAAGGAAAUGCUAAUAGAUUCCAAACUGAGGAACAAUGCGAACGUCUAUGUGGCAAAUUCCGUGGACAAGAUUUAUGUAAUUUAUCAGCUGACCCAGGUCCCUGUAGAGCAAAUUUCGUCAAAUACUUUUACGAUCCAAAUAUUCGUUCAUGUCGACAAUUUUAUUAUGGUGGAUGCGAUGGUAACGCAAACAGAUUUAGUUCAUUGAUGGAAUGUGAAUCACUUUGCAUUCAUCGUGAAGAACUUGAACCUGUUGGAAAUGACACCAUUCUUUCUCAUUCAGCCAUCUGUAAAGAACCGGUUGACAGUGGAUCGUGCAAUACCGGUCAAUUGAGACGAUUUUUUUUCGACGUGGAAUAUCAAACCUGUCGUGCAUUUAUUUAUACCGGAUGCGGUGGUAACCGCAACAGAUUUAAAACCUUCGAGUCUUGCAUUAACACUUGUCUUAGGACCGAUAACGUAAUCGAUACUUAUUCUGGAAAAGAUAAGAAAGAUCGGUGUAUCGAGGCACAAGAGGAAUGCAAUUUGAUUCGUUGUCCUUACGGUAAAGAAGCAUACGUGGAUGAUCAGGAUUGUGAAAGAUGUCGUUGCGUUGAUCCAUGCCGAACACAAUUUUGUCCUGAAGGAACUAAAUGUUCAAUUAGUUUGGUUCGUACCCAAGAUGUGACAGAAUAUAAGGGUGUUUGCAGAUCAACAAUCAAAUCUGGACGUUGUCCAAGUGUAUCGAACAGUACGAGAUGCGAACGAGAAUGUGAAACCGAUGCCGAUUGUAACGGUGAAUGGAAAUGUUGUGACAACGGUUGUGGCACGUCUUGUUUGGAACCAGCUUUAGAACAACCAAUAUCAACAUUAUCACCAUAUAUAACAACACCUGUAACACCUCAGUAUGGUAAAGAACCUGUCAAAAUAGAACAACCCGAACAACCACGUGUAACUGCCGAAGAAGGUGGUCACAUUUCCUUGAAAUGUGUUGCAUUAGGUAAUCCAACACCUACCAUAACUUGGAGAAAAGAUACGACACUCAUUGGUAUUACGGAAAAAAGACGACGUAUAUUGUCAGAUGGUACUCUUCAAAUUACCAAUUUGUAUACAAUCGAUAGAGGAACUUAUGUUUGUACAGCUGAUAAUACUGUAGGUCCACCUGUUAGAAUACAAUAUCAAGUUGAAAUCACAGAACCUCACGAACGUCCUGCUGCCAUCGUUGGAGAAAAUAAUGCAACAGUGACAGUGUCAUUGAAUUCACCAUCCCUACUUCAUUGUUACGCUAUGGGUUGGCCAAGACCAUCUGUCACCUGGUGGUAUGGCAAUAACAUGCUUCCACUCAGUUCGGAGAAUUAUGAACAAGACACUGAUUAUACUCUUCUAAUUCGUUCGGUGUCCGUCUAUAAUCUUGGUGUUUACACCUGUCAAGCUUACAACGGCAUUAACAGACCUGCUUCUUGGUCUGUCACUGUUCAAACUACUGGUCCAAUUUACAAUAUUAAACCUGAAUAUGCCAAUUAUACCAAAUACAUUGUCCAAUCACCCAAAAAAUUAGUCACCGAAAGACCACAAUAUCCUUACAGACCAACCAGAACACAUCAACCUGAUUCUUUCACUUUCCUACCUGUUUAUCAUCCCACUAGACAUGACGUAACUAUUAUCGAAACUACUACAACCACAAUGUCACCUGUCAUUUCUAAAUUUAAAGUACCGGUGAACGUCAGCGUUUCGGUAGCUCAAACACAAUUUCCUGUAGGUAGUAACAUCAGUAUUGGUUGUAACGUUGACGGCUAUCCAAUUCCACGAGUACUUUGGUACAAAAAUGAUAGUCUCAUACAAACUAACAAUCGAAUUAAAAUAUCUGAAUCAAACAGACUUUUAAUCAUCGACGCGAAUAAAGAGGACUCGGGACGUUAUCGAUGCGAAGCAACGAACGAAUACACUUCUGAUUCUGAUAGCGUAGAUAUAAUCGUAGAUGGCAUAUUUAUAGACCCGAAUUGUCAAGACAACAGUUUCUUCGCAAAAUGUGAUUUAAUCGUAAUGGCACGUUAUUGCCAACACAAGUAUUAUGCCAGAUUUUGUUGUCGAUCUUGCACGGAGGAUGGACAAUUACCGUCAAGAGGACCACACCUAAAUGAUUCGAGAAGAAAAAGAAUGAUAUAUUAAACAACAACAACAACAACAACAACAAUAAACAACAAAUAAAUCGACUCUCGUUACGACUCAAAUUAAAAUAAUCCAUUAUUCAUUCGUGAUUUAAUAUAUGAUGGACGAAGAUCGUAAUAAUAUAUUUCUUGAUAUAAAUAAUGAUCAUAUGAUUGAAAUCAUAACAAGGAUGAAAUAUAAUUGAAAAUAAUCAUACGAAGCAUCACUUGCAUCGUAAAGCUGUGCAAAUCGGCAUUAAUUUCACUGCCAAAGCCUUAGAACGAACACGUCUCUACCACACAAAUGCAUCAUUAAAAAUGCACAUAUAUAUAUAUAUA